AUGCUCAACUCCGGGCACAACGCCAGUGAUGCCAGCUCCCGUCUUGUGGGGCUCCGCGAUGCCGACGAAACAAUAGGCCUGACAACAGAAGGCCCACCGAAACUGAGCGCGCCCUCGGCACCGAAAGUAUAUGCCUUACCGACAGAAUGGGAGCAGCACAAACAGAAGAUCCGCCAGCUGUACCUGGAUGAAAACAAGCCUUUGAGGGAAGUGAUGGCUAUUAUGGAUCGAGACCACGGACACUUCGGCAGUCGCACCAGCAUCAAACAGUAUAAGAACAAACUUCGAGAGUGGGGCUUCGAUACAAAGUACAAGAGACAUCAGACUUCUCGGAAGAGAAUUAAUAAGCGUCCCAGACGACAGUCCGCAGUAGCGGACCGAUGGCUGGCUUCUCUGGCGACCGACCAUUAUUCCCAAGCUUCUGACGCUCGAGGCGCGGACGACCGGCUUUUUCAAGCUACUAAUAUUCCUUUUCAAGCUAGUAAUGCUGGAAGCGCCUAUACUCAUCUUUUUGAAGCUCCCGAUGCUUCAGACGCCGUCGACUACAUCUUCCAAGCUCCCGAUGCUCAAGACGCCGACGACCAAGCUGCUGAUGUGGGACACGCCAAUACCCCGAAUACUGCGCGCCAGGUUUCGGCAGACAAUGAGGAGAACUGGCAGCUUUCUUUGCCUUUCAGACAGUCCCUCGCAUUAUCUCAGGCUGUCGGAGUACGAUCGGGUAGAUCGGCCACGCCACCAAUAUCCAUUGCGGAACGAAUCUUUUCGUUGGCUCAACGGCACAUUGAGACCUCUUUCACUUACGGCGUCUGGAAGGUGGAUAGCAGUAAUGUCUGCACGAGCAUGACAUGUACCAAAGAGGAGAUGGACUUGCCCGAGACUUAUUUCGAUCUGGUACGCUCUGCUGUCUUGCUAUUUGAGCAAGGGUCGACAAUCGAAGGGCACCAUGUCGUGUCCAAAGCAUUCGCUUUAGUCAAACCCAUCCUCAAGAGUGGGAACGUUCGAGCCCUCAACUUCUUCUGGACAUCUCUGGUAUUCCUCGUUCAGUUUGACCAAGUGAAUAUCGUUGUCAGCCUGAUCAGGUAUAUCUACGAAAUGGCCAAGGUGGUGCUCCACCCUGAGCAUCCCGUCGUGCACAUGUUCAAGCUUCUUACUCAAAUAGAUGUAUUGGAGCUCGAAUCUCUUGUGCACAACACUUGGCAGAUCACCGCCGACGCUUUCCAGAAGGAACUGCCAAAGCUGGAUCCGGAGUACGUUCGCCACCAAUGCGAUCUCAUCUUCCGCAUGUACGGCACACGGGAUGCCGCCACCGCUGAGCGACGCCUCCGUCAGCUACUCAAGGACUGCGAGGAUACGGCACGGACACUGGAGGUCAGUCACCUGACAGUCCUUAAUGCGCUCGGGUACAACUUUAUGAAUUCCAAAGACUGGGUGCAGGCCGUCAAUAUCGGCCAGAAACUUGAGGAGCGUGCUCGGCUCGCGCAGGAUAUUAAUCUGCUUGUCUACCAAAUUGGAGGCAUGGAGAUCCAGGCGCGGGCCUUCAAAGAAUUGAAAUUGAUCAUGCCAGCGGUAAAAUGCCUGAAGCAGGCGACGCCGUUGAUUGCGGAGCAGUGGGGAAGUAACGACCCCUGGCGCAUCGAGCUUAUGGUUCUGCAGCAGAAAUGGCUUCGCGAGAACGGGGAAAUUAAGGCAGCGGAUGACUUGAAAGCGGAGAUUAAGAGUAUCACCGAAAGAAUUGAUACAGACUAG